GUUUCCGCAACGAUCAGCUGGCUGGAAGCAUCGAAUAGACGGAGAGCAGGCGGAACAGAGAAAAACAGAGGCGAGCCCGUUAAUCGAAGAAAGAUACGCGUCGGCGAGGGAACGGUGUGGCCGCCACGACGGGACAGAGACGGAGCGAGUCGCGCGCAUCCAUCGGCUAUCAGCAGCGACGUCAUGGAUAGCCUGGUCGGCAGUUACGCACGUUUUUGGCAGCGCUCGUUCGUGCCCUUAGCCGUGGCAAUGGUGUCCGUUCCCGGAACCGGCGUGUGCGGUGUGUGAAUUGAAUUUCGCGCAGUGCCGCCGUGACGGUCGAUCGAGCCGCACCGCGGCGAAACAGAGAGAGACAGAGAGAGAGAGAGAGAGAGAGAGAGAUACAGAGAGAAAGAGGGAAAGAGAGCGAGGCUGACAGAGAGUGAACAAGGAAGAGAAAGAGAGAAAGAAACAGCCCGGGUGGAAACGCCACUUCCGAUUGCAACAACGAUGCCUCGUCCUCGCCGCCACCUCCGCGGCGGUAUCGUUCUCGUCUCGCUGCGUAUGCAGAACGCUCGCGCGUUCUCGAGUGGCUGCGUGAACAUUUGAGAGUGUGCUCGCGACCGUUCAUCGAUCCGAGCCCGUGUCGACCAGUCCGACCCGUGUGACUUCGCUACCUGGGACACCUAGCCCAGGACCUCAUCGUCCCCGUGAAACGGCCGCUGUGAUUGGAUAGAAGAUUCAUUACAGCCGAAUCGUCCACUGAACACCUUGCUGGCGGCUAACGACAUCGGCUGGUCCAUUUUCUAGAUCGCUGAUACGUACCGGGGCUGAAGCACCCCCUGGACCGGAUCUUCGCUCUGUGAUUGGAUGACGGAAGAUUCUAGUUUCUUCGCUCGUUCGGCGUACGCGAGUACGUGAAUUCUGAUAACCGUGGAUAGCUGUGCGAUUGAAUAUAAAGGAUCUUCCAGUGGGGUAGUCUGAGGAUCAGAGGGACGAUAGAGUCUAUGGUACUACUGUGAACGCGUCCAGGGUGCGCUAUCCUAUCGCCUGAAGCUUGCCGAGUGACAGGGUGGUUCUGUGAUCACGGGGGUUCGUUCGGGCCUCGACGAGCAACGACGUGUAAAUAAAUCGAGCCGAGGAGGCUGCGACGAAGUGCCUCCGUCCCCGGCUCGCAGCUGCGUAACGGAGAGGAUUCGCUCGUCGAUAACCGGCGGGGUGCGCUCGAAGCAACGCCGACACGGUGAGUAGCACAACAAACGCCCCGCUCGGCCGGUCUAUUGUUCGCUGGCUGGCCCAGCACUUUUCGAACCGGGCCGAUGCGUGAAUUCGGCCGCGCGUAGGUGUCCAACGGAGGUUCAUUGACUCGCCUGGGGAAGCCAAGGUUGCCGCCGGAAAAGACUGCCGGGUGUUGGAUAUAGAGCACCGAGGCGACGCUCGACGCGGGGAAUCGAACCGCUCGGAAUGUCGGACAUCCAGACGAGAAUCCUGAAGCGAGACCUUCGACGUCCCCGGGAAUCGAUCACGGGAGUAUAAGUUCUAGUUCCUAUAACGGUAGCCACGGUGCUCACCCCAGUAACGAAAAGAUUGAAUCCUCGUGCCUGACAUCGGACCGAUGCAGGACACCCAGUCCAGGCUGCGAUAAGGACUGGACUGAACGAUUGAUUAGAAACGUCUUCCACGCGUGACGUGUAUAUAGAACGCAUUCGAAACGCCAUGCAAUUAAGCAACCCUGUCUGCACACGAGACACCAGGCCGUGCCCCCCAUAAAUCCGAGAACAAUCGACGCGCCCCCCGCGCAGGCAGCAGGAAACGAGGGUGUACCGAGCCAGCGGCAAGGGUGAGAUCCCCUAGCGACGCGAACAGCGGGAGCCGGCGUAGCCUGCAGCUUCCACGUUGCUGGAGGUCCCUUCUGAUGGUACACCGGGUGACUCAGAAUCGGUGGACGAGCGCGGGCGACCAGCGCAGCCCCCGCCAUCAGCAUCUACCGCGUCCACGUGUUACGUCGACAUGGCCCCACGUGCAGCAGCCACCACAACCAUGCUGCUAGCUUUGCUCCUCUUCACCGUGUGCUGGCCUGAACCUGGCCAAGCCGGUUUGACCAAGUUCUACGAGGCUGUGCCGCAACACCUGCAGCCCGACAAACGAAUCCCGAUCAACGAUUAUGCGAUCCAUGGACCUAUCGUCGACGAUCAAGAGUUCCCCAGGGACUUGAGGGAACCUUAUCCUGGAAAGAGUUUCGGACCCAUGGGGCCAAUAGACGGCUCCCUGCCGGACGACGUCUCCUUUAGGGGUCUCUCAGCUGGAAACGGGGAAGGCGGUCCAAUAGAAUCGCAUUUGUCCUCUCAAGUUGCCGGAGACGAUGGACACGGUUCCAAUCAUCGGCCGGAGCCCACGUACAAGAUCAUCGCUGUGGAGUUCCAUAGGGUCGAGACCCCUUUCGUGAUCGGGAUAUGGAUCUUCUUCGCCAGUAUCGCGAAAAUAGGCUUCCACAUGACGCCGAAGCUCAGCAAGAUCUUUCCGGAGUCCUGUUUGCUGAUCGUUGUCGGCGUCGUCGUUGGUGUCUUACUGUUCCAGGCGAGUAGCGUCCACGUGUCGCCCCUAACGCCCGACACGUUCUUCCUCUACAUGUUGCCGCCCAUUAUCCUGGACGCCGGUUAUUUCAUGCCGAACCGACUGUUCUUCGACCACCUGGGGACGAUACUUCUCUUCGCCGUCGUCGGGACUAUAUUUAACACGUUGUCGAUAGGCGCGUCACUAUGGGUACUAGGUAAAAGCGGUUUAUUCGGCUGCGAAACACCGCUCCUGGACAUGUUCCUCUUCUCCGCGUUGAUCAGCGCCGUUGAUCCUGUUGCCGUGUUGGCCGUUUUCGAAGAAAUCCACGUAAACGAGAUCCUCUAUAUCGUGGUUUUCGGGGAGAGUCUCCUAAACGAUGCCGUUACCGUUGUGCUGUACAAUAUGUUCGAGGCGUAUAGCGAAAUGGGACCUUCGAGAAUCCUUUACACGGACCUGCUGUCGGGCCUGGCCUCGUUCUUCGUCGUGGCAAUCGGCGGCACCAUAAUAGGCGUGAUAUGGGGCUUCGCCACCGGUUUCGUUACCAGGUUCACCCAUCAGGUUCGAGUGAUCGAGCCCAUCUUCAUAUUCGUCAUGGCGUACCUGGCCUACCUGAACGCUGAGAUAUUCCACAUGUCGAGCAUCCUGGCGAUCACCUUCUGCGGCAUUACCAUGAAGAACUACGUGGAGGCCAAUAUAUCGCACAAGUCGCACACGACCGUCAAAUAUACGAUGAAAAUGCUGUCGAGUGGAUCGGAGACCAUUAUAUUCAUGUUCCUCGGGGUGGCCACCGUGAACAACGCCCACAACUGGAACACAUGGUUCGUCGUUACGACCAUCGUCUUCUGCUCUUUCUACCGGAUCGUCGGCGUGAUCUUCCUGACGGCCGUCGCGAACCAGUUCCGACUGCACAAGCUGGACAAGGUGGAGAAGUUCGUGAUGUCCUACGGUGGAUUACGAGGCGCCGUCGCGUUCGCCCUGGUGCUGCUGAUCGACCCGAGACACGUGCCGCUGCAACCGAUGUUCGUCACGACCACCAUCGCCGUCAUCUACUUCACCGUGUUCAUUCAGGGCAUCACGAUCAAGCCGCUGGUGAAGAUCCUGAACGUGAAGAGGGCCGAGAGGAAGAAGCCGACGAUGAACGAGAGGAUUCACGAAAGGAUAAUAGAUCACGUUAUGGCCGGGAUCGAGGACAUUUUGGGCAAGCACGGGAACUACCAUGUCCGAGACAAGUUCAAACGGUUCGAUAACAAGUUCAUUCGGCCGUACUUGGUGAGAGAUCAUUACGGCGCCGAACCGAAAAUAUUGGAAACGUACUCGAAGCUCGCAAUGAAAGACGCUCUGGAUUACAUUAGGAGGAACGCGUCCACUAUUGGUAAUAUCAGCGGCACGGAAAGCAUGUCCGCAAUAUUCCGGAACUAUAGCAACACGGGACAGUUCAAUGGAAGUCCAAGUUGCAGCCAGCUCGAAGCGGGCUGGAAUAUUGAUCCUCAAGAGGUGGAGUACAACCCUUCCAAGAAGGACCUGACGGACGCCAGGAUCCACCAUCUAUUGGCCGAGGAACUUUGCAAGCCUUACAAGAGGAACCGCUAUAUAAAAAUAAAGAAAAAGGGAGAUGGAAACAAGUUCCUGAGUGAUGAAAUAAAAUUCUCCCAGCAUCGACGGCUGAGCUACAGCCGACACGCGGUGAAUGAUCGCGAUCUCUCGACCCAAGUCAAUUACAAAAUGCACAUGAACAUACGACGGAUGAUGGGCGAGCCCAAGCAUCGUCACAAGCGCAAUAGGAAGUUCCUCAAAGACGGCAAGCAGAACCACGUGAGUUUCCCGGAGUUCCAGCAGAACGGCUCGACGAAGUUGUUCACCCAAGAUUACAUCAACGGCGUGCUGUACGAGUUGGAGAACGGUGAUACCUCGAAGCCGUCCAGCAAAGAGGACUGGGACUCGGCGAUAACUUUCACGGCUCGCACUUCCGACUCGUCGAACGUGAACGCGGAGACCCAACACGGCGCCACCACGACCACCUCGAUGGACACCAUUAACACGGAGGAUCCGGAUAUGAAGCUCGGCCGCGACGAGAGCUACAGGGUGACAACGCCCACCGCCACCGAAACCAUGCUACCAUGGAAGAGGGAGGACGACUAUGAUUCUGGUCACCCUAUCAAACAAAACGAAUUUCCCGCUUGGUGUUCGAACAAAGAGUAUCUAGCGUACAGUUCACCCUCAGCUACUUUCUUAGGUGGAAUCGAACAGCCGAAGGUUCAGUCAGUGAUUGGCCUGUUCCGUCGCGACAGCGUCUGCACACCCAACAGUAUAGAUCAAGACAUCCUGGACAAGCACGACGACUUCACGUUGACGGAACAGACAGACUCUCCCUCGAGAGCCUCGAACGGGAGGAGGGGACCGACGAGGAGGGUAUCGAUGAUGGAGCUGGGCUCCAUGGAGAGGUCCCAGUCAGACAAGGUGACGGACGACGGUUCCCACUCUCUGCCGGAAUGCUGGAACCCGCCGCACAAGUACCGGAUGAGCUCGUUCCCCUACUCGGCUCAGGUGCCUAGUCUCUCGACCGCUCUCAUCACGGAUUCCUCGGAGUCGUCGGAGGACAUCGACGAGGAGGAAGAGAAAGCUUGACCCUUGGGGAUCGUCGAGGAGCAGACAUCGUCCUACCCGGACAACGAGCGCCGACUGCGUCGCCCGUGGCGGCGACCACCUCGGCGUUCGUUACUCUCGUCUCUCCUGCGACGACCCAGCGCCCCCGUUUGAGGGCGUCGAUGAUAGGUUGGGGGGAACAUUCACAGAUCGCCCGUGACUCCAGCGAUUUCUCCUGAAAGAUCACUGCUGAACCAACCCGAGUCGAUCGACGGUGCUCCCCGCGACCGUUCCGGCACGCGAGACGGACGGCGGGCCCGCCGCCAUCUUGGCGUCUCGGGCCAACCGCCAUCUUGGCGCAUCGGCAGCCUCAUCUUCUGCAGGACCACGACGACGGAAAGUAUCCUCGUUGACCACCGAUGCUUUGCGUUCGCACGCGGAAACGAGUCACUUCGGGGCCGGUAGAGCUAGUUUUCCAAUUUCAGAGAUGAAUAUUUUUCCCCGAGUCGAAGAGCUGGGCUAACGGGGCGCACGCGCGGGAAUCCAAACACGGGCGUUCUCUCAGUGGGCUCAAUGAAUUUCGAGUUUCGCGCGCGUCGUUCCCGGAAGUCGGUAUUUCUUGAAGAGAUUGAAGACGAUGUUCUCGUCAUAGAGUUUGCGGUUGAAUUCAUAGACACAUCGCGCGCCAUUUUGUCGGGCAGCGACUUUGAUGAAAUCUUAAACGAUACUGUUGUAUUAUUUGAGAAAGAUGGUAGAUUAGACGACGGUAUAUUUUCUGAAAUUUUGUGAACGCGUGGAGCCAAGGCGGACGUUCGAGUAAACAAGAUUGUCCAAUUCGAUAGUAGCUUUUGAUGAUGAUAGAACUCCCGCUUCUUUUCCCGCGUCUGCGUCACGUUACUCUUCCCCGUAAUUUUAUCGGGCACCGUGAAGAGCGCGCGUCGUUCGAGCAGAUCGAUCGCGGCUGAUGAACGUCGAUGCCGUUUUCGACCGAUGAUCGACCGCGAUCCUUUUAAUACUCGGACCACACUGCGCGCAAAUGCUUUCGAAUAUCCGAAACAGUGGACGGGCGCGAGAUAGAUAGCGACAGGAAGCGAGGGAGGGAGACAGGAAGAUGGAGAGGGAGAUGGAAAGACAAAAAGAGAAAGCUAUUUUUUUAACCGAUACCAUUUCCUCCACGUGCGGCCGAUGGUCGGACAAGAUAGAUCGGUGGAGAGGGAGGAGGAACGGCUGGUUUUCCGUAAUUCAUUUUCGAUGCACUUCCCGUUUGCACGAACGCGGAACGUACGCGUGAUCGUCACGCGUCGUGGCUUAUUUCCGAUCGAUCUUCGCGGCUCGCGUUCGCGGCGAACGAUCGAUCGCGGUUGCGCGAUUUCCUACGAAUGCCCGAAACGCGUUUCUUUUCUUUUUCUCUUCGCGCGGGUAUUGAGCAACGAGCACCGCGUGGCACUUCCCGCGCGACUAAACGUAACGAUCGCUGACGAGACUUGGUAUCGUGGCCUUAAGAUUCCUAGAAGUAUCCUAGCGGCGACCGGUGCUUCCGGUUACGAGAGCGUGAGAACGAGGAACGACGGGUGAGACUUUUCUUCGACGGCGAGACGUAAGGACGCGAUUCCGUGUUGCUCCCUUUUGGUCGGCUUGUAGAUUAACUACUCCCUCAAUGAUUUCCAUGGUUUUAAGUAUGUAGACGUGGAUAGUUUCGACAAGCUCUUUCCUUGUAUAAAAAUAUCAUACUCCUUUAGUCUCCGAGAUAUUCGUGAAAACUACCAAUAGCACAGUGAAUUUUUCCGAAUUAUGCAGUAAUCGUUUGUGUGUAUGUUUUCGUUCGGUAUCAAAUUCAAAUUUUCUGCCUUCAGUCGUUGAUGACGUUUCUUAUAAUGUAUACGAAUAUAUUCUAAUUUUCUCAGGGUGAAAGUUUUACGAAACUUUUACUUUGUAAUUGCUAACAAUUUUUCAAGUCUGAAUCCGGUGGUCUUUAUUAAUGCUUUGGAAACUAAAGGAGUUCAACAUUUAUGUAAGAGAAACAUGUUGUCCAAAUAUCGAUUUCUGCAAAAUAUUUAAAAAUCGUCAUAGUAGUUAAUCUACAGGUUCACCUCUGUUUUUUCGUUUUUUCUUUCCCGGGUGAUACGAGAUACGGCAAUCGUCGCGCCACGCUGAAGAUCAUCGAGCGAUUCGCUUCACAGUUUUUAGACACGCAAGGUUUUGACAUGCCGCCGAGGCGCAACUGGACUCAGAAAGGACGACUGUAUCUUCGGCUGAGAGGAACGAUCUUGUUGAGACCAAAAAUUUAGAUAAUUCAUUCUGCAUUUUAAACGCUUAAUUCUGUAACACUGUUAAUAAUCGAAUAAUACUUGACGUUACUCGCCUCGUGAUAAAUGUUGUGGCUAAUAUAAUUUAGAGUAAUGUAGACAUUCCAAUUAUGAAAUUUUGGAUCAUUAAGUAAGAGUAAGAAAAUUCUGUCUCGGUUAAGAACUUUAAGGCCUUUCUUUAAAAUUUUCUAAAAUUCUUGUAUUAUAAAAUUUACGUCUGACGGGAUUGCGUUCUCAGCGAUAGAAAUUUCACUGUCUCCUUUCUGGCAAUCUGCCUUGCUAACGAUUGAGUUCCUUCGGAGAUUUUCGUGAAAUAUUAAAAUGAAGACGACAUUUCAUAUUUAAUGAAAUGUCUAAUGAAAUUCCAUGAAUUUUGAAUUUUCAUUAUCAAUGAAAUAAACAAACGCUUCUUCCCAUUCAUGGCAAAGGAAGCAAUUUGUUGCGAUUUCUCAAAUUAUUCGAAUACGUUACGGAAUUCUGCAGUGGUCUCCGCAGCGACUCAAUAUUUCAAUGCAACAAGCGUGCUCGCCGACGGUCACGUUUUCAAUGAUGAUCCCGACGUGACCGUUUCCUAGUUCAUCCACUUUAGAGAGGAAUCUCUAAAAAGAAGAUAAUAAUAGUAAAGCAAAAUGCUUCGUACUGAGACGCAAGAAACUCGAGGAUCAACAAAAUGAGCAUUCCUUCAAUACCGUUUAUAUGGGAUAUAUCCUUGUGGAUGGAAUCCAUUCGAAAAGGAGCAAUAACAAACCACGAGAAGAAUCGUGGUAAACGUUCACCUGUGACUCAUUAAAUUUCGCUUGGGGUUUCGUCUCAUCGAGUGCUCAAUAUUACCAGUAUUAUCAUUGCAUAAUAUCGAUUCUAUUUUUGGUAAAAUUUUGAAUUCGUUUCCGUACAUCGACACUAGACCCUUUGCGCCAUCAAGAUCUCAUUAACAUUAAUGUAGGUAUCUACCUCUAAAUAAUUCACUAUUUCGUUUCGAAGUUAAUAUAAGUUAACAUCGAUCGUGUUAACGAUAUUAACGAUCCGAGUCGUCAAACACUGAACGUCAUUAUCGAAUAUCUUUGAAUUUGAUUCAAUUGGAAAACCGUUUGGAUGACUUUUAAUUCAACUUGAAUUGCGACAAAAUGGUUGCAAGACUUUAACAAUGUAAAAUUUGUCAUGUACUUCAACGCGAACGUUUUAAUCGUUAUUUUCCACGUAUAAUUCAACUCUGAGGUUCAGGUUCCAUUUCAUAAGGACAGAUCUUGUAUAACAGAGUGACAUCCUACCGUGGAUCGUCGAAGUCUUUCUCACGGCGACAGAUACACAUGGAAGUUGUCUCCUCUCCUUAAAUAUGGCCUUAAAAGUGAAGUAAUGAUAAAUGACGACGACGAGAUGAAUAAAUAAAAGGAUAAAAGUCUCAAGCAGAAGAACAAAAAAAAAUGAAACCAGCCGCGGAGGAAACAGUCGUAGGCUCAGUAACUAAUGCGACCAUUAACAGACCGUAUGUAAAUAAAGGAACUUUUCAUAGCGGAUAACGUAGCCAGUUAUUACGAUGAACGUAUUAUUACCAUCAUUUAUUGGACACGGAGUUAAAGGACAUCGGCGUGUCAAGGUGCGCGACUAAUGGAAGGGUGCAAAGGGAAAGAUCAGACUUCCAAUUUUCAUGAGAAUUGAGAACAGGGUUGUUGACUAAUUUAAGACGAUUCAACGCGGCGCCGGCCGCGUCUAUGUACUUAAGUACUUAUGGAAUUGACCGGAACACCGUCGAGGUUUCAUUUCUUUUAGGAUAAUCGUUGAAUAGUUCGGAUUAAGGAUAUGAUUUUUAGGGAUUCCCUAGGGUUAUCGUUUAGGGAGUAUUCCUUUCGCGCACAGUUCGCUUGAAAUAUGCGCUUUUAACAAAUAUAUAAAGAGUCAAUUCUCGUGAAAAUCUCGGAACAAGCUCGAAAUUUCCCUUCGCGGGAUAUUCCUGGUGGCCUCUAGUUAUCUAGGUCGGACGUGAUGUCGGACUAGUCUCUAGACGCUAGUCUU